CCCAACUCGAUUCUCGAGCGCGCGGUCGCCAUGCGAUUAAUAAAAACGAUAUUUAACGAAAAACGAACAUAAUUCAAAUUGAAACAUUCCAAAUUUGAAAAAAUCAAAUCUACUAACUAAAUGUUUUUAAAACUUAUCCUCGAGUUUUGAACGAAGAAAAUUUGAUUGUUCCAAAGCAUAUGGCUCCAAGGAUGUGAUUUAUUUUUUAUUUUUAAAUAGUGUUGUCGCAAAGGAAUGUGGUUUUAGUGUCGAUGCACAUAAGGACGUGUGUUGUGUGUAUGUGUGGUUGCGAUUUGAGUUUUGUGUUUAAAAAUAAGUUUUAAAAGACUGAAAUAUGUGGAGCAUACUUAUGGUAGCAGCGCUGUUCGCGACCGCGCGUUCUAAACAAAUACCCUCCAACACCGAAAUAGCUACGACGACUGUAGCGACGGCCACGGAGCCGGUCUCAGAAUGGCCCGGAGCAUUAGCGCCCCUCGACACUCUUGCAGUUGCUUGCGAGAAAGAGAACAUGCAUGUGACCAUCUCUCUCGCACAUAUCCAGUCACAUCCAAACAGUAUAUAUGACACAUUCAACGGUAUUGUAUACCCAGCGGGCCUGGGCAGCAACUCAACGUGUCUCCGGGAAUACGUAUCGGCGAGAGGGGAUUUGCAGUACACCCUUCCUCUAAAGGGUUGCAAUACGAUGUCCAAUGAUAAUGACGAUGGUACUGUAGAAUACUACAAUAACAUCAUCGUACAGCCACACCUUCGGCUUGUUACCGGACAAGGACGAGGGUACCACGUUCGCUGCCGCUACCGUCGCCGUGACCUCACCCUUUACCACCUACAUCGACCACAUGCUGACCGUUUGACUAACACCAGGGAUAACUAUAAUAACGACGAAUACGAUGAAGACUCAGGAUUGUUACCAUCAGUCACAAUGAAGAUAUACAAAGGAGACCCGGAAGAUAAAGAGGUGGCGUCAAAUGUUAAAAUUGGUGACAUUCUGACCCUGGUCGUUUCGUUGGAGAAGCAACGCCAAUAUGGUCUUCUUGUCUCCGAGUGUUCCGUAAGAGAUGGUUUGGGGUGGGCUGAACAGAGUCUUAUAGCGGAUGAUGGGUGUCCACUGGAUGGAGAAAUUAUGGGAUUGUUCCAAUAUUCUCGCGAGAAGCAAGAGGCUCGUGUAUCCUUCCCCGCUCACAAAUUCCCCUACACUGCCAGUGUCUACUACACGUGCGAAGUUAAGCUCUGUGAUCUAAAUCACCCGACUGAUUGCGAGCCAUGUUCCCAUAAGAAGAACCGUGUACGUCGCCAAUCUGACGAAGGAUCACCAGCUACAGUGGAAGUGUUCUCAGGGUUAUACGUCAAUGAAGCUGACUCGCCCGAUAACGAUGAGGUUACUAGCGAAAAGAAAGAAGAUGAAAUCUGCAUAUCUCAACGCAACUUCGCCAUUGGUAUAUGCGUUGCUGGAGUCAUUUUGAUGAUAUGCGUGAUCGCGGCCAUUGCGUUUAUACUCGCAAGAAGACGAAACCCUAAAACAUAUUCUAGAACCGGAAGCUCCCUCUACAGUGGACCUUAUACUAACACCGGAUAUUCACACACAAGCUAAUACUGCCUUUAAUAAGCCGCUUUACCCUACGUACAAGGUUGCAUUAUAUAUUGAAUUUGUAACCAGAAAGAGACAAAUUAUAGGGUAAAUGUGACUAUGUCGUAGUAAUUUAGGAUAUAAUAAAUUGGUUUUAAAAUAUUACAACGAAUAAAAAUGACAAUUUAGAAAACAUUUUGUUAGUAUGUUUGGAUAUCUGUUUGUCUUCGAUACAUGUUUGAGUCGCGUAAUUUUUUUUAAAUACUAUUAUCUUAACGUCUUAAUACUUUUUAAGGUUCAGUCAUAACACCUUAAUGGGAUAACAAUUAAUUCGACGUCUUAAUCGAUAUGUCGAUUUCUAUUUGUAAUUUAGGUCCGUGUAUUAUUUAAAAAUAGAAUGUUGUGUUCAGAAACCACAACGAUUCAGUCAAUUUUAUUUAAGUAUUACCAAUUAAAUUAAUCUUAAGUCUUAAAACAACGGGGAUAUUAUAUACUUAAUACAUCGUUUGUGAUAAUUCGUGCAUUAAUGUAUCCGUCCUUUAAACAAUUUUACUUGUAAGUUACGUUAAAUGGUUGCCUUGCAUUACGUAAUAAAUUUAAAAAUAAUGAAGCUUCAUUUAUAAGAAUGUAUAAAUUCUUCAAUAUCAAUAUUUUAUGUGAUUUUAGUUUAAUUUUAUUUUGAACCCGUGUAAGCUAUUGAAAUAAAUCUAUGUAAAACACUACAAUCACUAACAAUAACAAAUGACAUUCUCAAUUUUUUUCUUGAUAGUUUGCACGGGACCUUAUUUUUAUGUUUUCGGUGGCGGGAAAUCUGUCCAUGGUUAGAGGUCCCUCUUUUUAUAAACAAUAAAAUGACUACAUAAAUUUUUAUAUAGUCUGUGAUAUGCAUGUUUUUUGACAGUUAAAUACAAAAAUAUUUAUUAUAUAUACCACUAGAUGGCGUUAAUUUUACGCAUUAUUAUUAUUUCUUUAUUUGGUUAUCAGUAUAGUUUAGUGAAUACCAUCUUGGAUAAUUUCAGCGUUUAAAAAAACUAAUCUGUAUUCAUUAUAUUUUUUGUAAUAUAAUCUGAAUCGAUGCCAUAUUUAAUUAAUAAACCUUCUUAGUAGCCAAUAUUCCGUCCAAUUAUAGGUGCUAUUUUUAUACUAUUAGCUUUUUAAAUGCUUUUUGCUUCCUAUAAUGUUGUAACAACGAAUUUUGAUACGUGUUUCAUACCUACUCCAUUGUUGUUUAGUUAUGACUAAUUUACCUAGUGUGUUUUUUUUAGUUACAAUGGAGUUCUGGAACCAUAUCGAAGCGUAAUACGUAGGCUUAAAUUGUAUGUGUAUGAUUUUUUUUAACAAAUAUACUGACUUGAAAAUUA